AUGUUGACCCUCUCCCACCAGCUCUUCUGCGUCGUCUCCCUCGCCAUAGGAGCUUAUACUGCCCCGGCAGCUACUUCGUCGGACGCGUCGCUCUCCAUCUCCGUCGAAUCUUCCUCGACGGAGACCGCUAGUGCGUCGGCUGCUGCAGAAAGUCCUAGUACCACAGUGUCUCUUGCACCUACGGCCCCUAAUGGGCCUCUGUACACGCCUGGGGCAGACAUCCAACCAGAGCCUAUCAGGGGAACUCUCGGUGGUACUAUCCUAGGGCCACAGAACAUUGCUAUCGACCAGCAGAAUCCCGACAUGCUUGCGCCUCCUACGACCGAUCAUGGGGACGUGCCGAACGCCAAAUGGCCAUUUAGUCUCAGUCACAAUCGACUCCAAACUGGAGGAUGGGCUCGACAGCAGAACAUUGAAGUAAUGCCUAUCGCAACUCAGAUGGCCGGCGUGGAUAUGCGAUUGGAACCAGGCGCAAUUCGAGAGUUGCACUGGCACACAAGCUCUGAGUGGGCUUAUGUCCUCAAGGGAUCCACCCAAGUCACCGCGGUAGAUCAAAAUGGCAAGAACUUUCUGGCCACGGUGGAACCUGGAGACCUUUGGUACUUCCCACCCGGUAUCCCGCACUCUCUCCAGGCCACGAACGAGUCGACCGAAGGCAGCGAGUUUUUGCUGGUAUUCGAUGAUGGUGCCUUCAGUGAAGACGACACCUUUUUACUUACCGACUGGUUAGCUCAUGUCCCGAAAGAGGUCAUAGCCAAGAACUUUCAGCUCGAUAUUUCCGACUUCAAUUCCCUGCCAGGCGAAGAACUGUACAUCUUCCCAGCAGAGCCUCCUUCCCCCGAUGCAGUAGCGCCUUCGGACCCGUUGGGCCAAGUACCUCAAGCCUUUUCCUUCGCCAUGUCUAAGAUGAAUGCUACGCAGCUGAGCGGUGGGACCGUCAAGAUCGUGGACUCUACAGUCUUCUCCGUUUCAACUACCAUUGCCGCCGCGGAUGUUACAGUCGAACCCGGCGCCAUGCGGGAGCUGCACUGGCACCCCACGCAGGACGAGUGGUCAUUCUUCAUCGAGGGCACUGGACGUAUGACCAUCUUCGCAUCCGACAGCAACGCUCAAACCUUCGACUACGAGGCCGGGGAUAUUGGCUACGUGCCGGCUACAUAUGGCCACUACGUGGAGAACGUCGGGAACACUACUCUCCAUUAUUUGGAAAUAUUCAAGACUGAUCGCUUCCAGGACGUUAGUCUCGCCCAGUGGUUGGCACUUACACCUCCGGCUCUAGUCAAGGCUCACCUUGGGCUGUCGGACGAGGUCAUCGCGCAGUUCAACAAGACCAAGCAGGUCGUCGUCGGGCCUCGCCACUGAGGAUUGGGACUCGCCGUCUUGUUCACUGGUGCUUCACGCGAGGAUGACGUGAACGGUGAGGCUUGUGACCUCAGACGCGAAGCAUAGAAUAUUUCUGUUUAGACCAUUCAAGUUCCUUCGUCAUGUUGCAGAUCUUUACUUUUAUGCCAUUUGAUGUCCC